CAGGGAGGGCGGGGCACCCAGGGAGAUUUAAAGAGCUCCCCAGGUCCCACCCUAGUCUGUCCCUUCAGCUUCCACCAUGGCGGAGACAGCCAAGCUCCAGCUAUUUGUCAAGGCAAGUGAGGACGGUGAGAGCGUAGGGCACUGCCCUUCUUGCCAGAGGCUCUUCAUGAUCCUGCUCCUCAAGGGAGUGCCCUUCACGCUUACCACAGUGGACACCCGCAGGUCCCUGGAUGUGCUGAAGGACUUCGCCCCGGGCUCACAGCUGCCCAUCCUGCUCUACAACGGGGACGCCAAGACAGACACGCUGCAGAUUGAAGAGUUUCUGGAGGAGAUUCUGGGUCCUCCAGAGUUCCCCAGCCUGGCACCCCAUUACCGCGAGUCAAGCAUGGCGGGCAGCGACGUCUUUCAUAAAUUCUCUGCCUUCAUCAAGAACCCAGUGCCAGCGCAAGACGAUGCCCUGUAUCAGCUGCUGCUCCGGGCCCUGGCCAGGCUGGACAGCUACCUACGGAAACCCCUGGAACACGAACUGGAGCGGGACCAGCAGCUGCAUGAGUCGCGCCGCCGCUUCCUGGACAGCGACCAGCUCACGCUCGCUGACUGUGCACUGCUGCCCAAGUUGCACAUUGUGGACACCGUGUGCACGCACUUCCGCCAUGCGCCCAUCCCCAACGAGCUGCGUGGCGUCCGCAGCUACCUGGACAGCGCACUGCAGGAGAAGGAGUUUAAAUACACUUGUCCACACAGCUCCGAGAUCCUGGCGGCCUACCGACCGGUUGUGCACCCCCGCUAGUGCCUGCCACCCCACCCACUCUUCUGCCGCCGCCCCAUAAAGGCAUCUCUGCCCCA